CAAUCAAGAAGCCAAACCAACGCGAUGGGACGAAGACCUGCGAGAUGUUACCGUCAGAUUAAGGGAAAGCCAUACCCAAAAUCAAGAUACUGUCGUGGUGUUCCCGAUCCUAAGAUCAGGAUUUACGAUGUUGGUAUGAAGAGAAAAGGAGUUGAUGAGUUCCCUUACUGUGUUCAUUUGGUUUCAUGGGAGAAAGAGAAUGUUUCAAGUGAAGCUCUUGAAGCUGCUCGUAUCGCUUGUAACAAGUACAUGGUGAAGUCUGCGGGGAAAGAUGCGUUUCAUCUCCGUAUUAGAGUUCAUCCUUUCCAUGUUCUUAGGAUUAAUAAGAUGCUUUCUUGUGCUGGAGCUGAUAGACUUCAGACUGGUAUGAGAGGUGCUUUUGGUAAAGCUCUUGGUACUUGUGCUAGAGUUGCUAUUGGACAGGUUCUUUUGUCUGUGAGGUGCAAAGAUGCUCAUGGACAUCAUGCUCAGGAGGCUCUUCGUCGUGCUAAGUUUAAGUUCCCUGGUCGUCAGAAGAUCAUUGUUAGCAGGAAAUGGGGAUUCACCAAGUUUAACCGUGCUGAGUACACAAAGCUAAGGCAAGAGAAGCGGAUUGUCCCUGAUGGUGUCAACGCCAAGUUCCUAUCUUGCCAUGGUCCGUUGGCUAACCGUCAGCCCGGAAGUGCGUUCUUGUCAGCUGGUGGAGCGUUUGGAGGAAACAGAGGAUUGAGACCAAUACCACCAGAAAAGGGUAUUUUUCCUUUGGAUCAUUUGCAUCAAUGCGACACGGAGAAGAAGGGUUAUCUCGACUGUCUCAAGUCUACUGGUCAUAAGUCUGAGCAAUGUAGGCAUCUUUCAAAGACGUAUCUCGAGUGUCGGAUGGCAAAGAAUUUGAUGGCAAAGCAAGAUAUGUCUGAGCUGGGAUUCAGUGGUGUUACUGAACUGGAUUCUAUUGUGGAGAAAGAAAGAUGAAAGUCUGCGAUUAUAUUGUGCUGAUCGGUUUUUUGGAACACAUACAUAUUGAAAAUUGAAGACUAUUAAGAACUUUCUUGAUGUUGCUUCACAAAACUCCAAGAUUUUAUUGAGAUUAGAAAAGUUAGUGAUGUUUGUGCAUGUAUCCACAAGAGAAACUUGAAAUUAUCACACACCAUUCUCCACAUCUGGCUCAUUUCUGUU